UUUUCCGUAAAACAUACACACAACUCCAUCUUCAUCUAUUUACAAAACAAUAUUAUCUUUGCUUAGUUUUAUCCUUCUCACUGAGAUUUAUCUUUGAAUUCAAAACUGUUCGUGAGGAGCUAUAUAAGUCGUAUCAUAAUCUUUAUCAUCUACCUUUCUUUCUUGUAACCAAUGGAGCUUGCUUCAGAUCUACCAGACGACGUCGUCCGAGAUUGCCUCAUUCGUGUGUCCUACGACCAGUUUCCUACCAUUGCUUCCGUGUGUAAAGAUUGGAUGGUUGAGCUUCAGCUUCCGAAGUUUCACAGCCUAAGGAGGGCCGCUGGCCGUACCCAAAAACUCUUUGUCAUGGCCCAAUCCACGGCCCAACCGGGCCGGAGUCUCGGACUGGCAAAAUGUUCCGUUCACCCGGUUCACCGCCUCUCUCUUCAUGCACCGGAUACAGGUGAUUGGCGGGAACUGCCGUUGCCAGAGGGGAUGUCUGUCGGGUUGCCGAUGUUUUGCCGGUUGGCGGGUGUCGGUUCCUUCUUGGUUGUGAUGGGCGGGUGGGACCCGGUCACGUGGAAGGUCUCCAAUUCGGUAUUCGUCUAUAAUUUUCUUUCUGCCACGUGGCGGCGUGGGGUGGACAUGCCAGGUGGGCCCAUGACUUUUUUCGGGUGUGCGUCGGAUUGUGACGGUGGGAUCGUUUAUGUCGCCGGUGGGCAUGAUGACAACAAGACGGCGUUGAGGUCGGCGAUGGCGUAUGAUGUGGCAAAAGACGAGUGGGUCGUGCUGCCUGACAUGGCAAGAGAGCGUGACGAGUGCAAGGCGAUAUUCCACGCUGGCAAGCUCCGCGUCAUUGGCGGCUACUGUACGGACAUGCAAGGGCGGUUCGAGAGGAGCGCCGAGGUGUUUGAUGUCGGCGCGGGACAGUGGAGCCAUGUGGAGGAGGAUUACUUGGAGGCUGCCACGUGUCCGAGGACCUGUGUGGAUGUUGAUGAUGGGGAAGUGUACAUGUGUCGGGGAAGUGAUGUGGUGGCAUCACGGGAAGGUGGCAAGUGGGAAACGGUGGCCAAGCUUCCAGCUGAGGUGUGCAAUAAGGCUUAUACGGCGACGUGGGGAAGCAAGCUGUUGGUGAUGGGGUCUGCAGGGUUUGGUCAGUCCUACGUGGCAUACAUGCUGGAUUUGAGAAGCAAGAAAUGGACAAAGUUGGAGACCCCUUUGAAAUACUCUGGACAUGUUCAAUCAGGGUGUUACUUGGAGAUUUAGGCGGUGUAUUUUGUAUUUUGAUUGGAAAAUUCUUGAGUCUUUUUUUAUUUUUAUUUUUGAUUGUUUUGUGAAAAUUCUUUUUUUGUUAAUAUUUUGACUUUU